AAUCAAACUUCGCUCAUUUCUCAAGCAAAAUUUGAAUAUUCUCUAUUUUUAAUUUUAUUAUGUACAAAGAAAUAUAAAAUCAAAUCAUAAUUUAUUCCAUUGUGAAGACAAAAUAAGCUCAAGUAUUUUACAAGUUUAAACAAGCAUAGGACAUAAUGGCGAUGGAGGAGUCGCAGACACAGGAUGAAAUUAUACGAAAGGCGAUGUUGGACAUGGGCUGGGAUCCGCAUGCGGAAAUUCCCAUGGCCAGUAAAGAAAAUUUGUGUAUUUUGGCCGAAAUGGAGCAGAUGGUGGAGGAGAAGAUACAAUUGCUGGAAUCGAACAUACAAACUGAGGAUCGGCUGGAGAAAUUGUUGCAACAUUCUAAAAAUGCGGAGAUGUGUGUAAAUCAGAAUUUGAAACUGUUGCAAGCUCACCAGACUGAGGUCCAUACAGAGGUACAUCUGUAUAAAGUAGCAGAGCGUGAACAAUCGAAACUUAAAUCUGAUAUUAAGAAAAUUGAUAAGGAAUCUAAAUGUUUCACUGAAUACGUGAACACCACGGAAAAGGAAUUGUGUAGACGAAAAAAUGCCAUUGACGAUUUGACAUCACGCGUUAAAUGGGCGAAAACGGUGUUACUCGAGUGGCGUGUCGCCAUGGAAGACACUAACAAAGGUUAUCAAUUGAUAGAAAAGUACUUCAAGGAAGAUCAAGAGCUCGCACGCCAGAAGGACUUACGUCGACAAUUGCUGCACAAUGAAGUUGAGAAACUACGAAAAGAGUUGGUCAUGCUGUACGAUGAACAGAAAUCAUUGGAGCAGAAUAUUGAAUGUACGGCAAUAUUAUAUCGCACAGCACAUUCGGAACGCCGUCAUAUGGUAGAGACGUGGAAGGUGGCUGUGCAGCAAAUGCUGCAACGUGAGCGCGACAUACGAAAUGGUGAAACUGAGUUAGUAAAUUUGAAGCGGGAAGCUGAAAAAGUAUUGAAAGAGCGCAGGAAUUAUGAUAAACAUUUGGAUGGCUUAAUCCAGAAUAAUCGUGACAUUGAAUAUAAUAUAGCACUAUUGAAUGAGGAGACUUCACAGAUUAAAGAACAGAUACAAAAGCUCAUUGAUAUGGCCAUAUUAAAGGAGAAUGAGGUGGAACUUUUACAAAAAGAUCUGCAAAAUCUUUCAAAUAAAGUGCAACAACAACGUGUGGAAAAUCGUAAAAUGGCCAAAGAGAAAGAGAAACGUAACCAUGCAUUGGAAGAAUUGAAAGCGCUAUUGCGUAAAUUAGAAGCACGUCUCACUGAAAUGGCGAACAAUCAUAUGAGCGCAGAGCAGCGGCUUCAAAUGUUGGAAGAGAUGAACGAUACUGAAGAGAAAGCUCAGAAUGAGAUAAAUAAAGAUAAGUACCGUUUAAAUGGUUUGAUAUAUCGGAGUCAACAGCAAUUGCAGGAUAUGAAGGACGAAUGUAGGCGUUUGGAGAUAUCCAACGACGGUUUGACAGCGAGUAUCACCAUUGUCAUUAGAAACACGAAGAAAAUGGAAAAGGAACUAAACCGUCUAACAGAGGUGCACUACGAAGCGGCAUUUAAAUGUCUACAACUGGAACGUAAAAUUAUAGUUUUACAAGGUGGUGACUUCGAUCCCAUGCAGGAGGCGGAGGCACAAAAAUAUUUAGCCAAGUUGGAGGCUCAAAAUACGAUACUACAAAAACGACUACAAACUACCGAGGCACAAAACAAAAAAUUGGACUAUAAUAUGCGGAACCUAACUGAUGCGUAUAAUGUUGAUCUUAAGAGGUUGCAAGAAAUGCUUUUCAAUAUAAAAGAGGCACAAAUGUACUGUGAGGGUGGUGUGAAGCGUCUAAGUAUCGAGAGAAAAAAGAACCAACAGAAGAUUGUGGAGUUAAGUUUGCUAAAAAUGCGCAGUACCGAGUUUGAGAAUGAAAUAAUCGCAUGUGAGAACAAUACCUAUCACUUAGGUAAACAUCGCUUGCAGUUAAAUCGUACAAUGAAGGAUCGUUUGGUGGAAAUAAAGAGUCAGAUGGAUCUAUUGAAUUUGAAACGUAAGCAUUUGAAUGAAGAAAGAAGCACAUUGCUGGCGGAUAUCGGCGAUCGCAAGAAACAUAUUGAUGUGGUACGUGCGCGUCUCGAACUAACAUCCAAGUUAAUGGGCGUAAAUGAGGAUGGCACUUUGGUAACGGCAACCCAAUUGAAAGUGGAAGCAGCGCAAGAGAAACAAAUGCUUUUGGACGAGGGCAAUAGCUUGAACGAUAGGGUGAUCAAAGCAGAAGAGGAAAUUAAAGCGAUGGAAAAUACAUUAAUGUUGCUCAAUCAUUCGAACGAUUCGUAUCGAAAGAAUCUAAACAAGAAAGUUGAUGAAGAUCAAGUGAUUGAAGAAAUGAAGGAAUUACAGUCAAAUUAUUGCCUUGCCUUGACCCAGCUUAAGAGCUUACGCAGCAAGCACAGACAAAUAGAGAAAGAAAAUGAUAAAAAGCUAAGAAUAUGCGAAGAAAUGGAACACAAAUUGGAAAUUUCCUCUGGCAAAAAUGUUGAAAGUAACGAAAUUUUGGAAAAACUACAAAAGGAGCUCUAUGAUCAGAAAACUAAACUACAGCGCGCCGAACGUGAGGUCAGACUUGCAUUAAAAACUGUAAGAGAUCGUAAUUUAGGUAAAGAGUUCAUUGACGGUUAUGAACGUGAAUUGGAUUUACGUGAAUUUGAAUACCGCAACUCUAGUGCUCUUAACCAGUUAGCUGAUAUGGCAGAAAAUGACGAUGAUAUUGGGCCCAAAGUUAUACGUAUAAUGUUAGAAAAAGGGCUUAAAAUGCCACAUCUUCUACCAAAAACUCGGAGCUUCGCAUCUUGGCGGAGCGAUUUAUCGGAAACCUCAUCAUCACGCGAUAUACCUUUUUCCACGCCACAUUCCUCUGUUUCCGGUAGUACCAGCGCUAUUAUGCAACCCUCCGUAGUAUCCAUAGAUUUUUCCCCAUCAUAAAGCCUUGUAUAUUAAAAUUUAUCUGCAUUGUCGGCUUUAUUACUUUAAUACAAAUAUAUAUUUUUUAAAUGGCAUAA